AUGAAACUUUGCUCUGAUGAUGUUCCUCAUAUGAUGGACGAAAGCUUUCACCUUUUCACCGGAAUCGAAGUAGAUUACCCCGGAAAAGGUGUCACCAUGACUAUUCCAAUAAAGCCAAUCGACAGCUGGUCAAGAGGAAUAAGCCAUCGCCUUCUGCUGGAAUCGACCUUGGAAUCUCUGCACCAAACAGUUACACUCGAAAUGGAACUUGACCGUAAGCUGCAUGGGGAUUGCAUUGGAGCUACGACUAUAGAUUUGUGUGAAUUGCUACUCGGAUCUUGA